CGACCCACGGGAGCCGGAGGGGUCGGACACGAGGAGCAGAGUGCGGGGGUAACCUCUGCGCUCCCAGCCCACCGCCGAGGUCGCGGCACCCCUAUCACGUACCUAGCCUCUCAGGCCCCGGCCUAUCCUCGGCACCGCCACAUCACGCCUAAUAUGGCCGCUCGUGCUGGGACCGGCCCGGUGCACAGAGAGCCGGGCCGAGGUCCGAGGCCAGGCAUCAUGGCCCACGCCUUGAUUGAGGUGGAGCGAAAGUUCAUUCCUGGGCCUGGCACAGAGAAGCGGCUGCAGGAGUUGGGGAGCACCUUAGAGCACCAGGUCACCUUCCGGGACAGAUACUAUGACACGCCUGAGCUGAGCCUCAUGCGGGCUGACUACUGGCUGCGGCAGCGAGAGGGUAGUGGAUGGGAGCUCAAAUGUCCUGGAACAGCAGGUGUCUCAGGACCCCACCAGGAGUAUGUGGAACUCACAGUUGAGCCUGCAGUUGUGGCCCAGCUCUGUGAGGUGCUGGGGACUGAGGUCCUGGGGGCAGGAGGUGUGGCAGCUGUGCUGGGCCCACUGGGGCUGCAGGAAGUAGCUAGUUUUGUGACUAAGCGUAGUGCCUGGAAGUUGGUGCUCUCUGGAACUGAUGAAGAGGAGCCUCCGCUCAGGGUGGACCUGGAUACAGCGGACUUUGGCUACACCGUGGGUGAGGUAGAGGCCCUGGUGCACGAGGAGGCUGAAGUCCCAGUUGCCCUGGAGAAGAUCUACAGUCUCAGCAGCAUGCUUGGUGUGCCCGUACAGGAGACAGCACCUGCCAAGCUGAUGGUAUACCUACAGCGUUUCCAGCCUCAGCACUAUCAGCGCCUGCUACAAGUACACAGACCCAGAGAGAAGCCACAGGGGACUAAAGAUCCUGACGGCAACUUGGGCUAGGGUGUCACUUCCUCAACAGGGAAGAGUCUGAAUCUAACAGGGUUCCCACCUGGGCUCACUAUGCCUCUUCCCCUGGCCUCCUUCUCACACUGACUCCCCUCUCUCCAGCCCUUCCUGUUCUUUCACCUUACCCUCAGCUAUCCUUCCUUGAGCCCUCCCUGGCUGCCUCCUCUCCCUCAUCCGUCAGAUGCAAUCUGUGGGCCGCCCCUCUCCCCUGGCCGCUAAGCAGCCUCCAUUGAUUUCCGCUCGUGUUUAUAGGAUUUCCACUUAGCUGUGAUCAGUAGUUAAGCACAGGAAAAUCCCUUGCCACCCCCCUCCCUUGGUCGAUGCCAUUGAUUCUGCCAGCGGCUCCUAAACCGCCUUACAGCUGAGUUAGAGACAAGGGGAGGGAUUUCCCUGCCUUGGGGUGUGGGAAAUAGCAGCAGGUUGGGAAAGUGGGUGAGAAUCUGUCAGAAAUCUAGAAGUUCUGGUUUUACUUUUUGCUCCUGCGCCCUACUCUGGCCCAGAUGGUAGAGUGUCUCCUAUGGAGGUUUAGGGGCAAAUUUGCUCCCCAUCCUGGAAGGGGUAGAAAGAAAAGUCCUCAAUUGUUAAAACAGGUUCCUAAGGCUCAAAGGAAGAUACAUACUUUAGUUUCUGGAUAAGAAAACUCUUCCCUUCUAUGAUUCAUAAACACUUUCUAUCUCAAAUAUA